AGCCAUCCGAAAUCGACAUAUAACUCUGUCCCUACUCUGCUCAUGCUCUGCUCUGAAAGAACCGCACCGAAAAAAAAAUUAUGACAUUUGGCAACUGCGCAAACGAGCAUUACGAAGGCGACAUUUAAUAACGAUUCAUUCCAAGGGGCAAAUCUGGCAAGCGCAAAUAUUUUCUUGGAUUUCAACUUGAAGCAUGUUACGACGAUCUCUGCUUUAACAUUAAUUAAGCUUCUAUUUGUGUUUGAGUGUAAUUUCGAUUUUCCUGCAACUAGGCACGAUUUUCGUUCAAAUGGAGAGCGUUGUCAAAGCUGUUGGCUUACCUGUAAAUUUCUCAGAAGAAGUUGAGGAUGACCCGGGGAAGAAAAACGAAGAAAAAAGUCCAUCCCACAAGUUCGAUAACACUCGGAAACGACGGUACAGCUCAGACGAGGAAUAUAGAAGCCGAGAAAGGAGAGACCGUUAUGAGAUUGGAUCACGAUAUUGGGGAGAUGAAGGGACCAAAUCUCACCGCAGCAACAUUUUGAGAGAACCAGAUCAUCAUUCAAAAAAAAGGGUAGAUCACCAAAAAAAUCUUGAUGCAAAUUCCAUGAAUGAAGAAGGUGUGAAAGAGCAAAAAAAAGGGAAAGAGGUGGAUCCAAUUAUGACACGAACUGGAGGAGCCUACAUUCCUCCUGCCAGAUUAAGAAUGAUGCAAGCACAGAUAACUGACAAAUCCAGCUUAGCUUUCCAGCGUUUAUCUUGGGAAGCUCUAAAAAAGUCCAUUCAUGGGUUGAUCAACAAAGUUAAUGUGUCAAAUAUCCCUUUGAUUAUUACAUCUUUGUUUAAAGAAAACAUAGUAAGGGGCCGUGGCCUGCUAACUAGGUCUAUUAUUCAAGCUCAAGCAGCAUCACCAACUUUUACACAUGUGUAUGCUGCCCUUGCUGCAGUGAUCAACUCGAAGUUUCCAAACAUAGGUGAACUGCUACUAACUAGACUCAUUCUUCAAUUUCGACGUGGCUUUCGUCGUAACGAUAAACACAUAUGUAUGAGUUCCACAAGAUUUAUAGCUCAUCUAGUGAACCAACAAGUGGCACAUGAACUCUUGGCUCUAGAAAUUUUGACUCUCUUGUUGGAAAAUGCAACAGAUGAUUCAGUUGAAGUAGCAGUUGGAUUUUUAAAAGAAUGUGGUCAAAAGCUGGGUGAAGUUUCUCCUCGAGGACUAACAGCCGUAUUUGACCGCCUUCGGCAUGUUUUACACGAAGCGGAAUUAGACAAACGCGUGAAGUACAUGAUCGAAGUCAUGUUUCAAGUACGAAAAGACGGUUUCAAGGACAAUCCCGCCAUUGUGACGGAUUUGGACCUUGUGGAAGAAGAAGAUCAGUUCACUCAUCUGAUGUCAAUUGAAGAAGAAAAGCUUGAUCCACAGGAUAUGUUAAAUGUUUUCAAGCAUGAUCCAGAGUAUGAAGCCAAUGAAGAAAAGUAUCAAGCUGUAAAAAUCGAAAUCAUAGGUGAAGAUUCUGGCGAGAUCGAUGGUUUUGACGAAGAUAACGAAGAAUCGAGUGAAGAAAGUGCGACUGAGGAAGAAGCCAAAGAGGGUGACAUAGUUGAUGAAACGGAAACCAAUUUGAUAGCUCUUCGUCGAACGAUUUAUCUGACUAUCCAGAGCAGUUUAGACCACAAUGAGUGUGCUCAUAAAAUGAUGAAAAUGCAGAUGAAGCCAGGACAGGAAACUGAAUUAUGCCACAUGAUUUUGGAUUGCUGCACGCAACAGAGGACGUACGAGAAAUUCUUUGGACUUUUAGCACAAAGAUUUUGUCAGAUUAAUAAGGCCUAUAUCCCACCUUUCGAACAAAUUUUCCAUGAUACGUACGACACGAUUCAUCGGUUAGACACCAACAAGCUUCGCAAUGUUGCAAAAAUGUUUGCUCAUUUACUUUUCACGGAUGCCAUUAGUUGGCAAGUCAUGGCCAAUAUUCGGCUAACCGAGGAAGAUACGACAAGUUCUUCUAGAAUAUUUCUAAAAAUUUUAUUUCAAGAAUUGUCCGAGUACAUGGGUUUGAGCAAACUAAACCUGCGUCUCAAAGAUCCAACUCUACAAACAUAUUUCGAAGGCAUUUUUCCCCGUGAUGAUCCUCGGAACACUCGAUUCGCCAUAAAUUUCUUCACUUCAAUCGGCUUGGGAGGCUUGACAGACGAAUUGCGUGAACAUCUUCGAACGCACCCUAAACCACCGCCAGUCACAGUUCCUGCACCGGUAUCUACGCUGUCAGCUGCGGCCGCACAGUUAUUGUUGGAGUCUUCUGAUUCAAGUUCAUCUUCUUCCUCCUCGUCAUCAUCAUCGUCAUCAUCAACAACUUCGUCGUCGUCGUCGUCGUCGUCGUCGUCGAGUAAUGGAGAUGGCAAAAACAAAGGUUCGAGGAAGAAACACCGUGCCAAAGAUCAGCCGCACGACCGCCAUCAACCUGAUCGAAUAAGGAGCAACCGACACAGGCACUUUAAAGAAAAAGAUUCUAAAAGUAGUUUGCGCCGAUAAGGUGAAAGUGAUGAAUGCUUUGUGUUCAUGUUGCAAGGAAAUAUACUUCUUUUACCUCUC